AUGAAAUUCGGGCAGGAGUUCCAAAAGGCGCUCGCCAGCACAGAGUUCCCUGAGGAGUGGCGGGGCAGCGCCAUCGACUACAAACAUCUGAAGAAAUGCAUCAAGAAAAUCAACACCGAAUUGGAGAGCAUAGGGCUGGAUGGCGAAACGCUGCACCACCUCAGCGAAUGGAUGAGUCCCGCCGACUCCAUCCAGACCGUGGCUGGGCAAGAUGGCAAGGGAUACUAUAGCGCUGCUACGCCGUCGCUCGCUGCGGUCCCAGAGGAGUUCACGCCGCAGUUGCGCAUCCUGGUCGAUAGCAAGACGGGCACGCCGCUGGAUGCCACUCUUGCGCCGGAGACGAGAGAGUCGCUGCAGAAGCUCGCAAAGCACGAAAUGGCCGCGGCGGGGCGACGAGAACACGUGGGCAGUGUGAAGCGCCCGCUUGAUCGGCUUCGGAGGCGCACCGCCACCGAAGACACGGCGCGCAAGCAGAGUGUGUCCCUCGAGGACGCGCGAUGGGUGCAAGUCCCGCUCGCCUCGGCCAAGGACUUUUUCGAACUACUCGAGCCGAAACUGCAAGAGCUGGAGACGCUGCGCGAAGCAGAGACGGCGAAGCUGGAAGAGGAGAUCUUCGACCUGGGCGAAGCAGUGGAGAAUGUCGUGGAACCGGUACGAGAAGGCUUCGAAGCGCGACGCGAAGUCUCCUACCGCGACCUCUACUUCUGGCGCGAGAUGUUCCGCCUCUACAUGGAAAAGCCCAUCUUCUACUCCGAGCACGGGCCGAACGGCGGCGCGCUCACAUUUAAAGAGGCGCACAGCCGGCUGGAGGACUACGACAUGCGCAUCCGCUCCACAGGACUGCUGGAAAAGAUGCGCACGCCCGAGGCGCGGCAAGCGGCGAAGCGCUUCCUCGACCUGAACGUCGACAUUCUCAAAAUCAUGCACUUCCAGGAGAUGAAUGCGCGCGCGAUGACAAAGAUCCUCAAGAAGUUCGACAAGCAGACGCGGCUCGAGGGCCGUGCUUUCCUUCGUAACCUGCGUACCCAAUACCCUGCCCUCCUCACCAAUGGUCGCACCGGCACUGGCGGCGGAUCGACCUCCCCCGGCGGCUUCGCGAGCUCCAUCGCGCGGGAUCUCAACGCCGAGCUGGCGACAAAGGUGCUAGGCAUUGUACCACAAGUGGAAGACUGGAACUGCCCGGUGUGCUACGCCAUGGCCUGGCGGCCGGUGAAUCUAGGCUGCUGUACAUCCGUCUUCUGCAUCAACUGCAUUAUCAAGCUGCAAGAGGAAGGCGUGGAGAGGUGUCCGGUGUGCGACAAAGAAACCGUCCUCCAGGCAAACGGGCGCAACAUCGAUUUCGAAGCAAUGGACUUUAUGGAAAAGUACUUCCCCCUUGAGGCGAAGAAGCGGCAGAAGUUCCACGACCGCGCUGCGAAGAUGGCCGAGAGGGGCGGCGGCGGCGGCAAGCAUGAGGAGGAGAAGGAGAAGAUUCCAUGUCGGACGAUGUGA